UCACCUACCUCGCGUCGUAGAACUGUCCAACUCCAACUCCCAUCGCUGACGCUGGACCGCUGACCAGACACCUUCUUCUUCUUCUUCUUCCUCCUCGCAGGUCACAGCCCGUUCUCCGGCGUCCGCAAAAUAUUUGUGAUCUCGCCCGCAUAAUGUCGGGCCUCUUCCCCUACUUCGUCGCCGGCCUCGGCUUCCUCCUCAUCUCCUCCCUCGAAUCCCUCCCCCUCUACUCUUCUUCUUCUUCUUCUUCUUCUUCUUCUUCUUCUUCUUCUCGGUUCCUCCCACUUCGCCUCCGCUUCGUCUCCUCCGCGGCGCUCGCCUCCCUCUUCGUCCUCUCCUCCCUCGUCUCCUCCCUCUCCUCGCUCCACGACCCCCUCGGCGCCUCCCUCCCCCUCUCCGCCCUCUCCGCCUCCUCGCUCUUCCUCCUCUACUCCCUCUCCGGCCUCCUCUCCCUGCCCCCGUCCCCUCUCGUCCCCCUCCCCUCCACCCUCAUCGACCUCCUCGCCCUCUUCGCCUUCGCCGUCGAGCUCCUCCUCUUCCUCCUCCGCCGCAAGGACCUCGACGGCGUUGAGAACCGCUACUUCGACCUCCUCCUCGCGCCCGUCCUCGUCUGCGCCGCCUCCACCGCGCUCCUCGUCGCCCGCCCCCGCGCCGGGCCCCCGCGCCUCGCCCGCGCCGCGGGGCUCGCUCUCCAGGGGACCUGGUUCCUCCAGAUGGGUUUCUCCUUCUUCACCAGCGCCAUCGCCCACGGGUGCGAGCUCCACGCCCGGAGCCGCGCCAACUACACCAUCAGGUGCAAGACCCACGAGGAGUACCACCGCGCCAGGGCCAUCGCCACGCUCCAGUUCAAUGGCCACCUCGCCCUCCUCCUCCUCGUCGGAGUCGGGAUCUACGCGGCGAUCGUCGGAAGAAGGGCCGGCGGAGGGGUUAGUGGGUAUAGGCCUCUGAGCAAGGAGCUGCAGAUGGGCGGAAUACCCUCUAAUUUCACGUUGGAUUCAGAUGAUGACGAUGAUGAGGACGAGAUUAGAGCGGAGGCGGAGGCGGAGGCGAACCGGACGAAGGCGCAGGAUGUGGCGCUGCACGUGGCGGAGGCGAAUGGUUUCGGAAACCCUAGCUCGAGGGAUUAGAUUUACUGAGAUCUUUCUCCUUAAUGAUCUGUGAGACGAUACACUUUGGGAAUACGAAUUACGUGGAGCACUUGCUGAUUUCUGCAAAGAACUGAAAUGAGGAUCUUAUAUAUACAAAAGAAGCUCCUACUUACGGAGCUGCUGGUGCUUGAUCGAAUACUUGGAUUGAGGGCGUUCUUUCACUGUGCAAGAAAACUCAGCAAGUAGAAUUUGCUAAUUGAGAUGUUCAUUCUGGCAGAUAAUAUGUCGGUCUUCACGAACCCGAGUGUUAAAGGUGAAAAAUAAAAUACAAAUGAUACUGUGUCUGAAUUCUCAAAUGAAGCGGAGUAAGCAUUUUGUACAAUGCCCCUAUUGAGUGUAUCCGCCUGUACGAGCAUUCAUGUGUUCGUGUGUGCGCACGCAUGUUUCUGUUUUUUUGCUUUCCAUAUUCAUGCCUCGUUUACACCUGCAAAUCUUAUAUGCAUAUUACACUUUUCUUAUGUAAGAA